AUGGGCAAGGCUUGCUCUGCUGAGACAUACAAGGUAACAAAUGACAUACAUGUGAAGUCAGAUGAAGCCAAAAACAACAAAGGCCCUCAGCAUCCCACAGUGGUAUGUGAGUUUUGUGGGAAGGUUUGUAGUGUACGGCAAAUAGGAGCACACCGACAGACCCACUCCAGAGACAAACCUCACCACUGUAGUGCAUGUGGCAAGACGUUUAUCAGUAGUGCACAGCUCAACUCUCACUCAAGGACUCACAGCACCCUGAAGGAAUUCAAGUGUCAGUCUUGUGGAAAAGUGUUUGCAUUAAACAAACGGUUACAAAUCCACAUGAAGUGUCACAGUGAGGAGCGCCCAUAUGCAUGUGAUAUUUGUAACAAACGGUUCAAGCGUUCCUACUAUCUUGUUGAUCACAAGCGAAUUCACACAGGUGAGAAAGUCCAUGAAUGUGAUAUCUGUGGCUACUCAUGCAUUCAGAAGGUUCACCUUGUGAAUCACAAGAAACGGCAUUUUAACCAAUACAAAUUUGAGUGUAACAUGUGUGGUAAGGGUUUCCACACAAAUACAGAGCUACAGGGACAUAAGAAUGUGCACACUGGUGACCGUCCAUAUCAAUGUGAUAUUUGUGGCAAAGCAUAUCCAUCUAAAACAAAUAUGAUGGGGCAUAAGCGAGCCCACCACCCAGACUCAAGACAGGACCCCAAGCGUUAUCAGUGCGAGACCUGUUGCAAGUCUUUCACAUACAAACGCUCUCUACUACUUCAUAUUCGGAGCCACAAUGGGGAGAGCAACUUUCUUUGUGAUGUGUGUGGUAAGGCUCUUACGAGCAAUGAGACACUCAGAGCUCAUCGUCGGAUUCACACUGGUGAAAAACCAAAUGUGUGUGCUAUGUGUGGUAAAGCAUUCAGCAAAGCAAGCUACCUGAAAGUGCACCAGCGCACACACACUGGUGAGCGGCCCCAUCACUGUGAUCAAUGUGGAAAGACAUUCACGCAGCGCUCAACACUUGUUAUUCAUCAGCGUUACCACACGGGACAGAGACCAUACCAAUGCCAGAUCUGUUAUAAAGGUUUUGUGUCUAAAACUCUGCUUAAAACACAUCAAACUUCCCACAAUGUCUCUAAUCUGAACCACAUAUUCUAA